AUGCGCAAGUCAACGAGAAGUAUUAAUGAGCGUACGGUAGUGGAGGAGAGCGAAUCUAAUAUAGAGGAUGAGGACGAAGAACUUUCCGAAGACGACUUCCAAUUUGGAAUUUGGCUGAGGCAUCGUCGUAUUGAUGGCGCACUCAAUAGGGUGCCGAACAAUUUUUAUGCGGUAUGGCACAUGUUUUCAGCAAACGUUGUU